AUGUCCAAUCCACCGCUGUCGAGAAGCUGGGUGGAAAUUCGUCAGGCCCUAGAGCACGCUCGGGACUGCAGAGAUGACCCUCCAACCAGAGCUCUACUGAACACCGUCAUGGCCGAACUGUGGGCUCGGAUGCAGGCCCAGCCAGAUAGCUACCUUCUCAGCUCAGACGAGUUCGCCCUGUUCAAUUUAUACCGGGAUGAAUACACGGGCCCCGUCGCUCAAGCAGCUGUGGCUCGUUUCUGGAAUAACUAUCAAGGAAGCAAUUCCAAUGGUAGCAAGAAAUAG